AUGGGCCGCAGCCUCCUCUUCACCUGCACCGCGAACGCGACGUACGGCGCGACGGAAGCGCUCGCCGCGUGCUGUUCUUCCAACAUCUCGACAGACCUGAACCCGACCUGCGAGACGAGCCGCGUCGACGAGCUCUCCCAUUGCCUCGGCCAGGCCGGACAGUACAUCGACACCUGUGUCCUGUCCAAUGUGCAGGUGCGCACAUCGACGAGUGACCAAUUCUCCUCCGCGCCCAGUGUUCGGCCAAAGCUGUCUCUUCUGGCGCUCGUUACCAUCGGCCUGGGACUGCUCGGCGUCGUCACGGCCGUACCGACGGGAACGGGGGUGCAGUGCACGCAAUUCACGCCUGCGCCGGAACGCGACUGGCGCCCCGAGCACGGCACAAAGUGGACGACCAUCUCGCCCGAUGUGCCGUGUACGGACCUGAGCCCCUGCCUCGUCUCAGCGGACACGGGGGCAGAGUGGCGCAGUGCCUUCAGCAGUCCGAACGACAUCACGAUCGGCGCCGACAUCACCGCGCUCGUGAAGGAGAUUGGGAAACCAUACGUCGGCGCCGCGAAACUGCCCCAGGUCGAAGCCAAGUUCUACGUCGCGCCGGGACACACGGGACACAUUCGCGCGUGGGCCGGCGCCAUGCUCAUCCCUGGCACGUUUACGAACUGUACCGACGGGAAACAGUAUGGCGGCGAGGCGCUCGUCGUCGAUCCGACACGGGUGGGCAUCAACCUCGUCCAGAAGCCGUAG